AUGGCUUCGAACACACUUGCUGAUGGUGGAGAUGAUGCACCUAAUUACCAAUUACGUGGUGUUGAACAAGUCUCUCCAAACACUGGAACAAAGAGAUAUAUUCCAGAUUCACCCUCUUCGUUGACGCCAGCAGAGGGCAUGUUAUUCGACACAGUCGAUAACGCGUAUAACUUUUAUAAAACUUACGCAGAAGCGGGAGGUUGGACUGUAAGGAAGGGCACACAGCACGAGAACCGUGGUAUUGUUAUAAACAAGUACUUUUUUUGUUCAAAGGAGGGUCAAAAAGACUUUCGACCGGUCGAUACUUUAGUUGAACAUCCGUCUGAUAGGUGGGUACGGAGGGUACCAUCUAAAAGGACCGGCUGCCAAGCUGCAAUCAGAAUAAAGCUUACCGAUGCUAAGAAGUAUUUGCUGUAUCAUUUUACAGAGGCGCACAACCAUGAUUUUGUGCAUGAAGAAGAUUUACAUCUUCUCAAGGAAAACAGGGGUAUUAAUCGUGCACACGAAGAGAUGAUAAACAAGAUGUCACAUCUCAACAUUGGUCCUGUUCGUGCAUUUAACACUAUGAAGGAAGUGUAUGGUGGGUUCGACAAAGUCGGUGCGACCAAAGUCGAUUUUAAAAAUUUCAAGAAAGAAUUAAAUCUUUUUAUCGGAGAGUUUGAUGCGGAAAUGUAUAACAUGAUGUUUGUCCCUUUCACCAGAAUUGAUAAUCAUAACAGGAACGUGACACUUGGUGCUGCAAUUCUCGGUUCUGAAACGGCAGAGACGUAUAGCUGGUUACUUAGGGCGAUCAAGAACGCAUAUGGGUACGCGCCUCCCGUAAUCGUUACUGACCAAGACCCUGCGAUGAAAAGGGCUAUAGCGGAUGUUUGGCCUGAGUCGAGGCAUCGGCUAUGUAUGUGGCAUAUCAUGGAUAAACUCACUACAAAGGUCGGGGCUGCCCUGUGUUCAAAUACAGAUUUCAGGAAAAGAUUGUCUGCAGUUGUUUGGACUGAUUCUCUAUUGCCCGAAGCGUUUGAGGCUGAAUGGGCAGCUAUUUUAAAUGAUUUCGGUUUAAUCGACCAUGAAUGGCUGACGUAUAUAUACGGGCUACGUGAAUCAUGGAUUCCAGCUUACUAUCGCGAGGAAGAAAUGUCUGGUCUUAUGCGGACAUCAUCUAGCCACUUCGACACGGCAAUUGAAGCGCAAAGGCACGAGCAUCGAAAAAACGAUCAUGACACUCGAUACACCAACCUUGGAGAGUGGAGUGAUUUUGUUCUCGAGAAGCAAGCAGCUCAGAUAUAUACCAGAACUAUAUUUUUGGAUGUUCAAAUCGAGAUUCAACAAGCUAUUCAUCGCUGUACUAGUGUCAGAUUAGAUGACGUCGGUGAUUUCAUAAAGUUUUUCAUAAAGGAUCUCGAUCAGCCAUGUUCUUCGUUUUUCGAGGUUAUGAUACGCGAGGAUGAUGUCACUGUUAAGUGUAUCUACAACAGGUUUGAGCAGUUUGGAUUGUUGUCCAGGCACAUUUUCUGCGUGUUACGGAUUCUUGAUGUAAGGGAGUUUCCGAAACAAUAUAUAUUGAGGCGUUGGACGCGUGAAGCUGUUCCAAAUAGUUCCCCCGGGUCCAUUCUUACGAAUGGUGGAGAUCCAGAUCGUAGUGAGGAGGUUAACCGUUGUGUUCGUGAGAUUAGUCACGCAACUGAGUAUGUUGUGAACAAGUUGAUUUCCAAAUUUGAUAAGUUGUCUGAUUUUCGUGAUCAUAUCAAGCAGUUUAUGUCAGUCGCUGAUGAAGCUCAAAUAAAUGCACCUCCCAAGACACGACGUAAUCGAUUUGCUGAACUGCUAGGAGUUGCUCCAGAGAGCACGGCCGCUAUCCGUGUUCCAGUUGGUACCAGGUUCAAGGGUUGUGGUUCUCAUAAACGCCUUAAAUCUCAAAAGGAGCGAGCCAUAAGUCAGUCUGGAAGUAAAUGUCGUCAAUGUUCAUUAUGUAAAAAAUACAGUCAUAACAGAGUAACGUGUUGGAAAUACACCGUGAAUGUUGAAGGUAAUGAAGAUACAAUUCGCGAAGGAGAUGCUGCUACAGUUGUUGAAGGUGAUGGUCCUGGAUCGAACGAUGCUGAUGAUGAGUUUUACACAUCUGGAAACGAUGCAGAUAUGGAUGAUGAGGACAUGGCAGAGUAG